AUGCCCGCCGAUCGCAACGCUGCCGAGCCCCCGCGCGUGUACGCGGCGGGCGACUUCAGCUGGAUGGAGGACGAGCGCUACGGCGGCAAGAAGUCGCUCUGGACGCGCGUGAAGGAGGACCCGCUCGUGCCGCUCGGCUGUGCGGCGACCACGGCCGUGCUACUGGGCGGACUGAUCACCUUCCAGCGCGGCCAAUCCAAGCUGGGCAACAAGUUCAUGCAGGCGCGUGUCGUGGCACAGACAGCCACGGUCAUCGCUCUUGCGGGAGGUGCUGCGCUGGCCGCUGGCGAGAAGCAGGAGAAGAAGAAGCAGAGCUACGAGGACCGCAUGAAGAUCCAGCUACGCGACGAGGGCAAGUGA